AUGGAGAACAGUAGAAGAUCGUCGCUAAAGCUCUUGUUCUUCGUCACCAUCUUCAUCCUUCUCACCCCUCAAGCCCUAUCGGAAUCCGACGAAUGCGCGGCGGAGGCGAACAACUCAUGCAACAACAAGACGAAAGCGCUGAAGCUGAAAAUCAUAGCCAUUGUGUCGAUUCUGAUCACGAGCAUGAUCGGAGUUUGCCUGCCGCUGGUGACCAAGUCGGUGCCGGCUCUCAGCCCUGACCGGAGCCUUUUCGUGAUCGUGAAGGCGUUCGCGUCGGGGAUCAUCCUCGCCACCGGCUUCAUGCACGUGCUCCCCGACUCCUUCGAUAUGUUGUCCUCCGCCUGCUUGAAGGAUAACCCGUGGCACAAGUUUCCGUUCACUGGAUUCGUCGCAAUGCUGUCGGCUAUUGUGACGCUGGCUAUUGACUCAAUGGCGACUAGUUUCUACGCCAAGAAGCAUAGCGCCGGAGCCGGCGGCCAUGUUGUGCCAGAAGGGGAUCGUGAGAUGGGAGUAGUGGCAGUAAGCGGCGGCGAGAAUAAUAAUUUUCAGUUUCACGGCCACCACCAUGGAUCUGUCGCCUUCGGUAAAGACGAUGGAGAUGAUGGAUCUAUGCUUCUACGCAAGCGCGUGAUUGCCAUGGUGCUAGAGCUUGGAAUCAUUGUUCAUUCAGUAGUGAUAGGGCUUGGGCUUGGAGCAUCAAACAACACUUGCACCAUUAAAGGACUUGUGGCUGCCCUUUGCUUCCAUCAAAUGUUUGAAGGAAUGGGUCUUGGAGGCUGCAUCCUGCAGGCUGAGUACAAAUUGGUGAAGAAGGUGGUGAUGGCAUUUUUCUUCUCAGUGACAACUCCUUUUGGAAUUGCACUUGGCAUAGCACUGUCAAGCACAUACAGAGAAAACAGCCCACGCGCUCUCAUCACCGUGGGGCUGCUCAAUGCUUCAUCCGCUGGGCUUCUCAUCUACAUGGCUUUAGUGGAUCUUCUUGCUGCAGAUUUCAUGGGCCCAAAGAUGCAGGGAAGCAUCAAGUUGCAGUUCAAAUCUCUUGCUGCUGUACUUUUGGGUGCUGGCGGGAUGUCUCUCAUGGCAAAGUGGGCUUAAUUCAUAAUAUAUAAUUAAUUAAUGUUACGUUGUCUGAUCUGCAUAAGUGAAAUAAAGUGAUGGUUAGCUAGUUUUGUUACAAAUUAAAGUAUGUAGCUUCCUUCACAUUAUAUGUUCUACUUCCAAUUUUCAAUCAUCAACAUGUAUGGUGCUUCUGCCAUCAAUGAUCAAUGUGAUUUGUUUCUAUUGUUAUA